UACUUUUCACUUUCCAGAAAUACCCUCCCACCACCGCUCUCACACACUCGAGCUCACUCAUUCGUCCCCCUCUCACCCACCCCUUCUCGCUCUCCUCCAGAUCCCCGUCAUCGCCGGCCUCUCCUCGCCGCCGUCACCGGCCUCUCCUCGAUUCCCUUUCUCUCCACCACCACGCACCCCGUUUCCUCCCACAGCGCACCCCGUACCGUAGGUCAAAAGCUUGAUUUUUAGGCGCCGGCGACAAGCUUCUGGGCGAUGGAGGCUGGAUCCGCGUGCGUCCACACCGGCUUGGCAGUGGUGCUUGAUGUGGAGCGGCGCUGGAGCAGCGGAGCGGGGAUUUCUUCCUCACCUCACAGCGCCGUCCUCCUCCACAACCACGCAGCCGCAGCAGUGGAGGAGCCGAAUCCCUAGCCAGCGAGCUCAGGGAGCCAUGGAUCCAUGGGCGAGGCCAUGGAAGGGCAACCAACUACAGCAGCGAGGAGAGGAGAAAGGGAGUAGCCUGACGGCCGUCUUCCACCUCCGCCUACGCCCUCGCCCUGCACCUCCACCUACGCCCCCGCCGGAAAUAGUACAAUGGCCAAGGAAAUAGGCAGGAUGUGCCGCUUCCCGGAUGGACAUGGACAUGCUUCUCCAACUCUGCUUCUUCCUGGGUCGCCAUGGAAGGUACUCCAUGUUAUGCUCUGCUAUGCUCCAUGGACAACUCAGCCGAGAACUUUAAAAGAGCAAACAAGAUUCUGGCUUUGGAGUCUGAGCUGGUCCACAUAUGGGAUGGCUCUGGGCGAACAACCUUCAUAUUGAUGAAUGAAUGGAACCGUAUGCCAAGAUCCUCGGUCUUCUGACCAGGAGGUCAUAUCUUCUCAAUCAAAUUUGCCAUUCUAUUGCCUAUGCUUAAUUUCUUGCAUAAGAUUGUUAUAAAUUAAUUGUAUAGUUGUGUUGGUCAUAGUCUUUUAUCUCCUAGCUACUUCUUAAGGCUUUUGUACUGCAUUACUACUAAUUAGCCAAAUUAAUCCCCAUUACUGUUAUUUCCUCCUGCAACAUCGUAAUUCAAUUUGAAUGCGGAGCACUGGAAUGCGGAGUACAAUUCUAUUACUCAAGUCCAGAGGAUCUCGUCAGCUUACACUGAACCUGUAUAUUUCUUUGGUAAAAAAAAGAGGAUGUCCUGCUUUUCUUUGGACAGUACAAUUCUAUUACUCAAGUCCAGAGGAUGAUGUAUCUGGACAGUGGUUGAAGACAAGGGCUACCAAUGGAGAAAGAGUGCACAUGGUGGCCGAGAGGGAGUUACUGUCAGACCAUGGUGAGGAUGGUGGCAGGAGGAUGUACCUGCGGCGUGAGGAGAUGGGUGCAGGAACAGCCGGCGCGCGGAGGUGGCUGGUUCCGACGGCCCUGGUGAGCAACACCAUGAGACGGGAGCAGAGGCUGCACCAUGAGAAGGGAGCAGAGGUUGCUGGUUCCGGCGGCAGCAGAGGCCGCAGCUCACCCACCUGGCGUGAGAACGACGUGGCCGAACUGGUUCCAUUCCGGCGGAUGUGGCCGGAGGGCGAGUAUGGGUCCAGCGAGAGGAAAAACUGGCUUCCUGGCAACGUGGCCGGACUGGUUCCGUUCCGGCGGAUGUGGCCGGAAGGCGAGUAUGGGUCCAGCGAGAGAAAAACUGGCGUUCCUGGCGACGAACUGGCGUUCCUAGCGACGUGCGAUGGAGCUGUCGCACUUGUUUCUUUGUUUGGUUUGGCUCGGGCGUGUCUUUUUUUUGGUUUGGCAUGGACGUGGUUUUCUUUUUUGGUCAAUGCAUGGAGUGGACGUCGUUCGUGGAUUGAGACUGUUUUUCUUCGGCCGGUUCGUGAUCGUGGGCUGAGUUGGUGGCGAUGUAUCUCGUUCAUGGGCCGUGUUAGCAACAGGAUGCGAUCGAGGGUGGGGCUGCGGUCGAACCAUCACGACGACGACUGCAGAUCCUCCUUUAAUAGUAGAGAUUAGAUAGGAUCCACAAUUAAUCC